AUGGCAGCAGUCGAGAUCAAGAACGAGGAGUCACUGUACGCGUUGCAUUUCCGGCAAACAAAACAUCCAUCAAGAGCAGCAGUUAAGGCUGGUUGCUCCGGCAGCGUCUCCCAGGCUGCGGCUGGGACCAAAGCCGGCCCCGCUGGUGGCCGGCCGGCCGACACGAUGUGGCGGCUCCGCUGCAAGGCCAAAGGUGGCACCCACAUUUUGCAGGGGCUGUCCAGCCGGACCCGCUUACAGGAACUUCAGAGCCAAAUCGCCGCUAUCACCGGCAUCGCUCCGGGUAGUCAGCGAAUCCUCGUCGGCUACCCGCCCGAAUGCCUGGAUCUCAGCGACCGGGACAUCACUCUUGGGGACCUGCCCAUCCAGUCAGGUGACAUGCUGAUUGUUGAAGAAGACCAAACCAGACCAAAAGCUUCACCUACAUUGUCAAAACGUGGUGCUCCUAGCUAUGGCAGGGAAGCUUUGCCUGUGCUUACCAGAACCGCAGUCCCGGCGGACAACUCUUGCCUCUUUACCAGUUUGUACUAUGUCGUUGAAGGAGGAGUCUUGAAUCCAGGUUGUGCCCCUGACAUGAGACGCCUCAUAGCACAAAUUGUAGCCAGUAAUCCAGACUUGUAUAGCGAGGCGAUCCUGGGAAAGACAAACGAAGAGUACUGUGAAUGGAUCAAAAGGGAUGACACUUGGGGGGGCACGAUUGAGAUAUCCAUUCUGUCUAAGUUCUACCAGUGUGAAAUAUGUGUAGUAGAUACACAGACAGUCAGAACUGAUCGUUUUGGGGAAGAUGCGGGCUAUACCAAAAGGGUUCUGCUCAUCUACGAUGGCAUCCACUAUGAUCCACUUCAGCGUAACUUCCCUGAUCCAGACACUCCUCCUCUAACCAUUUUCUCCUCAAAUGAUGAUAUUGUUCUUGUCCAAGCACUGGAAUUAGCGGAUGAAGCUAGAAGAAAGAGACAGUUUACUGAUGUAAACCGCUUCACCCUGAGAUGCAUGAUAUGUCAGAAGGGCUUGACUGGACAAGCGGAAGCAAGGGACCAUGCCAGGGAGACAGGCCACACCAACUUUGGAGAGGUGUGAUCUGUUCGUGGUAAGAGUUGGAGCCUACUACUUCACAGAUCCAGAAGGCUCUGGGUUCUCCAAUAAGCUAUUCAUAACCCUACAGAGUAGAAGAACACAUGCUUGGACCAUCCUUUUGACUUAAACCAGUAAGGCUGAUGCUGAAAUUCCUUGUUAAGAUUAAAAUUAGUGUGCAAGUUUACAGGUGUGUGGCUACGCUAGUGGCAUGCCCUCUUUCUACUGGGGUGAUGGAAUAGGUGGCUUGGGCCACCUGAAGACUGGAGUCUAUUAUAAACCAGCACCCAGCAGCUUUAACUUACAGAAGAAAACAUCUUAUUGUAGGUAAUGUGAAAGCCUUGCGGAGGGUCACUGGACAUGCACCACAGUGUCUCCAGUAAUCAGUUCCUUUUAAUAACUUGGAAUGAGU